AUGGAAGAAGAUGGACUUUGUGUUUGCUCAUGCUUUUCCCAAUCCUUAUGCAACCACUCAAUAGGAGAUUUAGGUCAGAUGGCUGAAAGUUGGCAUGGAAAUUAUGACACUGGUAGCCAGUCAGAUGACAGCUAUAAAUUUGAGAGAUUGCACAUUGAACCUAUUUAUGAUGCAUUUUUUUGCCCUUUAACAAAGCAAGUUAUGCGUGAUCCUGUUACCUUAGAAAAUGGGCAAACAUUUGAGCGCGAAGCAAUUGAAAAGUGGUUUAGAGAAUGCAAGGAGAGUGGAAGAAAGUUGGUCUGCCCACUGACACUAAAAGAAUUGAAAACCGCUGAUCUAAAGUCUAGCAUAGCUUUGAGGAACACCAUUGAAGAGUGGAAUGCUAGGAAUGAAGCUGCGCAGCUUGAUAUGGCUUGUAAGUCAUUGAAUCCGAGCAGCUCAGAAAGUGAAGUUCUUUUGGCCUUGAAGUAUGUCCAGCAAAUCUGCCAGAAAAGCAGAUCAAAUAAGCAUGUUGCACGCAAUGCAGGGCUGAUACCCAUGAUAGUUGACAUGUUGAAGAAUGGCAGCCGUAAAGUAAGGUGUAAAGCUUUGGAAACCCUUAAAACUGUGGUGGAGGAAGAUUCUGAUAAUAAGGAAAUAUUGGCUGAUGGGGAUACCGUACGCACUAUAGUGAAGUUCUUGUCUCAUGAGCAAUCCAAAGAGAGGGAGGAAGCUGUCUCUUUGCUGUAUGAGCUGUCCAAAUCUGAAGCCUUAUGUGAGAAGAUUGGUUCAAUUAAUGGAGCGAUUCUUAUGUUAGUUGGAAUGACAACCAGCAAAUCAGAUAACAUUUUGACUGUUGAGAAUGCUGAAAAAACUUUAGAGAAUCUGGAGAAGUUUGAGAACAAUGUGAGACAAAUGGCUGAAAAUGGUAGGCUGCAGCCUCUUCUGACACAAAUUCGUGAAGGCCCUCCAGAAACCAAACUGUCCAUGUCUAAUUUCCUUGGUGAGCUAGUUUUGGACAAUGAUAUAAAGGUCUUAGUGGCUAAAAGUGUGGGUUCAUCUUUGAUCAAUAUCUUGAGAAGUGGUAAUAUGCAGUCAAGAGAAGCUGCUUUGAAAGCUCUCAACCAAAUUUCAUCUUGUGAGGCAAGUGCCAAGGUGCUGAUAGAGGCAGGAAUACUUCCGUCUCUGGUCAAAGAUCUCUUUACUGUUGGAACUAAUCAGCUUCCUAUGCGACUGAAAGAGGUUGCUGCAACAAUUCUUGCUAAUGUCGUUAACUCAGACUAUGAUUUUGAUUCCAUCCUGGUUGGACCUGAUCACCAGACACUAGUCUCAGAAGACAUAGUCCAUAACCUACUACAUCUCAUUAGCAACACUGGCCCAGCAAUUGAGAGCAAGCUUCUCCAAGUUCUUGUUGGGCUCACUGGCUCUCCUUCUACUGUUAUUAGUGUCAUUGCCGCCAUUAAGAGCUCCGGUGCCAUUAUUAGUUUGGUGCAGUUUAUUGAGGCUCCACAAAAGGAAUUGCGUGUGGCUUCCAUUAAACUUCUCCGGAACCUCUCCCCACAUGUUGGUCAGGAACUAGCUGAUGCCCUACGUGGCACAGUGGGCCAACUUGGCAGCCUAAUUAAAGUCAUAUCGGAAAAUAUUUCAAUCACAGACGAACAAGCAGCAGCCAUCGUCCUCUUAGCUGAACUUCCAGAGAGGGAUCUAGGCCUCGCCCGGCAGAUGCUAGAUGAUGGUGCCUUUAAGCUGGUGUAUUCCAGAGUAGUUAAGAUCCGGCAAGGGGGGAGUAAGGGCGGUCGCUUUGUGACACCAUUUCUAGAAGGACUUGUACGGGUUCUAGCAAGGGUUACACUUGUGUUAGCUGAUGAGCAAGAUGCAAUUGCACUGUGUCGUGAGCUUAAUCUUGCUGAACUCUUCAUUGAACUUCUACAAACCAAUGGACUGGACAAUGUACAGAUGAGUUCUGCCACAGCAUUGGAGAACUUAUCACAAGAAUCCAAAAAUUUGACAAGAUUGCCUGAGUUGCCUACACCCGGUUUUUGUGCCUCAAUCUUUCCGUGUUUUAGCCAACAACCUGCCAUAAAUGGAUUGUGUCGGCUCCACCGCGGGACAUGUUCACUUAAAGAAAGUUUUUGUCUCUUGGAGGGACAGGCAGUGGACAAAUUGGUGGCUCUUCUUGACCACACAAAUGAGAAGGUGGUUGAAGCAGCACUUGCAGCACUCUCCACUUUAUUGGAUGAUGGGGUUGAUAUCGAACAAGGUGUUUUGCUGUUGUGUGAGGCAGAGGGGGUGAAACCUAUUCUUGACGUGCUAUUAGAGAAACGGACAGAGAACCUGAGGAGGAGGGCAGUCUGGGUAGUUGAGAGACUAUUGCGGAGUGAUGAGAUAGCGUAUGAAGUUUCUGGAGAUCCAAAUGUCAGUACUGCACUUGUAGAUGCCUUCCAGCAUGCUGACUAUCGAACCCGACAGAUAGCUGAACGUGCCCUGAAACAUGUUGACAGGUUACCAAACUUCUCUGGUGUCUUUCCAAACGUGGGAUAG